AUGCAAUUAGCUAUUCUGGACUUUGAAUCCGCUUUCAACUCUUCUCAUCGAGGCGGUUCUCUCAACGCGCUUUGCGCUGAUGGAGUACCAGGAAGAGGUGCUUCCGUGAAUUUGUACCACUACUAUCUGGAAAGCAACAGACCAAACCUGAAAGUUGAUUUCGUGGGAGUGUCUCCACCUACAGAACGGCACAAGAUCAUAGAAAAACCACAAGGGAUGGUAGGAUUGAACGGUGUCGGAGGCGGGAUGCUCCAGUGCGGUGUUCUUGGAGCUGCACAUCUGCCUAUUUUAUUUGGCGUUCUGUUUUCAAUAAAUUUAGGAGCUACUUACAUACUAGCAGUUGUGAAAUCCGAUGUGGAACCGAUCUUCCCCUAUGUUUCUGCAGCAGGGGAUCAUCGACCAGAAUCAUGUCUGUUCGGUCUACUGCUUAAUUUGUCCAGCGUAGUAUCAUUGGUGGUCGUAUAUUUGAGGUAUUCGCUCAUUACGGUGCUCGUCCACGACUCCGAUCCUGACCCUCUUCUAGGAAGCUUGAACUUUAUUAGCCUUAUUUUUGGAAUGCUAGGCGGAUUCGCGAUGAUGAUUAUUGCAAAUUUCCAAGAAACCGCACUGAUUACCGUGCAUUUAUCAGCCGCUUGUUUAUGCUUUGGUUCUGGUUGCUUGUAUAUGAUGCUCCAGUCAUGGAUCACUGUAAGGAUGUAUCCACUGUACACAAAUCGACGCAUCGGAAUCAUUCGUAGUUGCAUAACAGUAGUUUCAACUGUCUCUUUCAUUAUGGCGGUCUCGUUCGGCAUCUAUGCAGCUCAUGAAUUCCAUCGCUAUUACCCUGAUUUACCAACACCGCGCCCAUGGAAUAGGAAGUAUUGGCAGCCGGGCUAUAAUUACCAUGUAGUAUCAGCUAUUGCUGAAUGGAUUAUGGCAAUAUCGCAUGUGUUCUUCAUUGUGUCAUAUUCUCACCACAGCCCAAUCCUUCGAUCGUUCAAUGAUCUGGCUAAUAUGUAG